GCCGGUCGGGUCCCGCUCUUCCAAUGGGCAGGAGCUUUACACUGGCGUGGCAGCGAGCUCCCAGCAGCGGCGGAGCCGGGGAGCCGCACAGCAUUGGCCCUGCCACAGCCAGUCACGGGGAGCCUUGCAAGCAGCCAAUCGGAGCGGCGGUGUCGGUUGUUGUUGCCCCGUCAGGCGGCUGCGCUCUGGGUGCUGCCUGCUGAUGUAGGAAGGAUCUGGGGCGGCUCAAGGCCCUGGUGCCCGCUCGCCUUUCGCUGCCGUCACCGGCCCCUCGGUCCCCGCGGAGGGCGGGGAGAUGCAGCCUCCGGGCCCUCAGCAGCCGCCGCUCUUUGCGCCGAGCAACGGGGACUUCACCUUUGUCUCCUCGGCAGACGCCGAAGAUCUUAGUGGCUCUAUAACAACUCCUGAUGUUAAGCUCAAUCUUGGAGGAGAAUUCAUCAAAGAAUCUACUGCAAGUACAUUCCUAAGACAGAGAGGAUAUGGCUGGCUUCUAGAAGUGGAAGAUGAUGACCCAGAAGAUAACAAACCACUCCUAGAAGAACUUGACAUUGAUCUGAAGGACAUUUACUACAAAAUUCGAUGUGUGUUGAUGCCUAUGCCAUCUCUUGGGUUUAAUAGGCAGGUAGUAAGAGACAAUCCAGACUUCUGGGGUCCUCUGGCAGUUGUCCUCUUCUUCUCAAUGAUUUCAUUAUAUGGACAAUUUAAGGUUGUUUCUUGGAUUAUAACAAUUUGGAUAUUUGGAUCCUUGACAAUUUUUUUACUGGCCAGGGUUCUUGGAGGAGAAGUUGCAUAUGGCCAAGUUCUUGGUGUGAUAGGAUAUUCCCUACUUCCCCUCAUUGUCAUAGCACCUGUUCUUUUGGUGGUUGGAUCAUUUGAAGUUGUCUCUACCCUAAUAAAAUUGUUUGGAGUCUUUUGGGCUGCUUACAGUGCUGCAUCAUUACUAGUUGGAGAAGAAUUCAAGACCAAGAAACCCCUUCUAAUUUAUCCAAUCUUUUUAUUAUACAUUUAUUUUCUGUCCUUGUACACUGGGGUGUGAUCUAGUGCAACAUGUGGCCAGAAACCAUAUUAUAUUAACUUGCAGACUGAUAAUGCAUAAGGUUAAGGGGACUGGAGAGAAUACAAGUGACUGUUUUGUAUCCAGUUGUGGAGAUGUUUUAAGAUUGAAGAGUGUAUUUGUGUAUAUUAUUUAAUGAAGCAAUUGUAGCUAUAUAGAUUUGUAUCAAAGUUCUAGGUUUGUUUAAGACUAUUCAGAUUUUAAUUAACAAAAUAAAAGAAUGUUGGGUUUUAUAAGAGAGCAUAGCAAAACCACAGCUCAAUACCUGUGCCAAAAGCACUAGGACCAGAUCACUAUAUUCGAAGAGAAAAAUGAGAAGAAGUAAAUGAUAACAAUCUCCAAGUGCAAUUUUUCUUUUGAGUUUAAACACAGCUGGCUUUUUUGACACAGCAAAUUCUGUAGAUAAUAUAUAUUUAUGAAACAGUCCUGAUUGUUCACAGACUAGUCUGUAUAAUCAAGACAUGACGAUGCUACUUUUAAUUUAGUGCCUCAAGUACUUUGAUUUGGCUAUUGAGUUUUUAUAACUUCCAGUUUGUUUUCAAAAGGUGUAUAUACUGUGUAUUUUGUACCUAUGGCUUGUGUGUAGAGUAAAUACUCCUUGGUUAAGGAUAUAUAUUGGUUUUUUUUAAAUGGAAACUACAGAUAUUUGAAGUCUUCAUUUGCUAUUUCUGACCAAAGGAGCAAGAUACUUACUGUGUGACACAAUUAAAAUGCAUAUUUAGACAAUAAAAUUAUUUUACUGACAAGUAUAAAUUUACAGAGAAAUGGCUCACACCUUUCUCAACUGUAGUGCUGGUUUAAUGUUGGAGGGAAAAAAAGGAUGAUCUAUCAAAUUUGUGUGAUCUUUAAACAAUGUUAUUUUAUGACAAAAUAAAAAUGCUUUCCCCAACUAUGAUUUUCAACAUCUUGCCCUUACUUUUAAUAGUGUGGUAUUUAACAUGCAUCUAUUUUGUUUUCUCCAAUACUAUUAAUCCCUUGUGAGGAGUAAUAAAUAUUUGUAAGGCCAGAUUCUCCCUCCACUAAAGGCAGAAUUACAGCCUUGGGAAAAAUUACAGCCUUGCCAGUUUUGACUAUCCAAUAAUUAUGUAAUAACAUGAUGACAUGUUACAUAUUUCCUGUGUGCUGUGUUGAUUGCUCAUGUAAUGGUCCUUAUUCUAAUGUUUCUUCACAAGGGAAGUCCACUGAAGUUCAAUUUGCAUGGUCCUUCCUAACUUAGGCAUUUGCAAUCUUCAGUAUUUGGUAUUGCCAAAUUAAUCUUAAGUUGUUCUGUUGGGUUUGAGUUGUGGUUUGUUGUUGUUGUAACAGAAAAAGUGCAUUUCCCCUGUGCGCUUUUUUUAAUGCUGCAAAUAAAAAUGAACCAUGACAAGGUAAUAGCAAGGGCUGUCUCUGAUCCCUGAUGGAUGUAUUUCCUUACCAGGACUGUGCAUUUUCAGCUUUUUAGGCUGCAUAAGUUGCCAUUUUGGGUAAAUUAUUUUAUCAUUCAUUACUGAUGAAAAUGAUAGAUAUUUAAAUUCCGGCUUGUGAGGAGUUAAAGAAGAAAAACUGGUGGAGUGAUCAACUUUUCACCUAAUCUGCAGAAGUGCUGGUGGAAUUACUGCAAAGUUGUACUAAACCAAUUAUACUAGCAGUCUAAUUCUUACCUGAAAGUGCUUUGUGAGCAUCCAUACCACAUGAAGAAAAAAGCAAGAGUGUAUUAAAAACAGCAUGCUAGCGUCAGAGUCUUGUAUGGUGAUCUGGUCUUACCUCUUUAUGACAUAUUUCUUUUGUAACAGGAAUAUUAAAAUACUAUUAGAAAGGUCAAUCUAGACUGUGAAAUAUGUUAACACGUUUAACUGGCAUCACCACAAACACGAAGGGUGAGGACACAUGUAGGUUACUAGGCUGGCAGAUAGCUUUAAACUUAGUUCUUCUUUGUGUAACUGUUCAUUAGAUGUCCAUAAUGGAUCCUGAAGAUUCAGAAGAUGCAAGAAUGUUGUACUUGAAUAUCCAAGUAUCUUAAUUUCCUCUCUGCUAAUGUCCUGUGAAACUUAGUUGCAAUUUUAAUUCUUUCUUUCCACAGACUUGGUACAUGUGUAAUAUGCAAUGUAGAUAUGCACUUAACAUACUACAUAUUUUGUACACAACUGCAGAUUUGCACCUUUUAAUCUUAGUCUCUCUAGGAUUACCUUCUGCAUCUACCAUGCAAGAAAUAUGUAAAACCAGCUUUCAGCUGGUUCUGAUGGUUUGUAGUAACUUUCCUUUCAAGAAACUCAGCUGAGGUACAUGUGUAAAUACAAGAUGUGUUUUAUAACAAUUUUGAAUUAAACCUGUUUCUAGAAUGUA